CUUCUCCCCUCCUCUCCACAAUGGAGCGGGCCCGGCUCCGCCCUCCGGCAAGAGCGCGGAAGGGAGGGGAGCCCGGCGACAGGAGCGCUCAGGACGCCGCCAGGAGGUGGAGGCGAAGGCGGAGGCAGAGCAGAUCGCGGGGCCCCGCCCGCCGUCCUGGCUCCUCCCGUCCCGCAGCCCCGGGGCGACGAGGGGCAGCAACCCCGGGGAACUCUAGGGACAUUCUAGAGUGGAACAAGGGCCCGCCCCAAGACCACUCAGAAGGGGGAAGCGAGUCCACCCACACCUUUUCAUUUUCCAUCUUUCCAGGGUCCCCCUGCAAGCCCUUCUCCUUUCACUCCACCUCUCCCUUGAUUCACAUCCCCUGAUGGAUGGGAAAGAAAGUCCUCCGGAAGAACUUCUUGGUCUAAGAAAGGAACUGUGAGUAUGGGCCCCUGAAGCUAUAGAAAAACAAAGCUCAAAACCCAGGAGU